AACUCCGCCAGCCGAUAGGUGCUUUUGUCUUGUCCACCACUAGCCAAGCAAAAGCCGUCAAAUCAUCCUCGCAUUCGACCCAAGGUAUUAAACUAAUUUUUGCGUUUGAAUUGUUUAAAUUUCCACCGAAUCUUCGCUAUGAGUACUAUUGGCACUGGAUACGACUUGUCGGCCUCGCAGUUCUCGCCCGAUGGCCGAGUUUUCCAGAUCGACUACGCCUCGAAGGCGGUGGAGAAGAGCGGCACCGUGAUCGGGAUUCGAGGCAAGGACGCCGUGGUGCUUGCCGUGGAAAAGAUCAUCAGCAGCAAGCUGUACGAACCGGACGCCGGCGGCCGCAUCUUCACCAUUGAAAAGAACAUCGGAAUGGCGGUAGCCGGCUUGGUGGCCGACGGAAACUAUGUGGCGGACAUCGCCCGGCAGGAGGCAGCCAACUACAGACAGCAAUUCGAGCACGCUAUCCCGCUAAAGCACCUAUGCGAUCGAGUAGCCGGUUACGUUCACGCCUAUACUCUGUACAGUGCCGUCCGUCCCUUCGGACUGUCCAUCAUUCUCGCCUCCUGGGACGAGGUUGAGGGUCCACAGCUCUACAAGAUCGAGCCGUCCGGCUCCUCCUUCGGCUACUUUGCCUGCGCCAGUGGCAAGGCAAAGCAGCUGGCCAAGACUGAGAUGGAAAAGCUCAAGACGGAUAUGAAGAUCGACGACUUGGUGAAGAGCGCCGGUGAAAUCAUCUACAAAGUCCAUGACGACUUAAAGGAUGCGGACUUCCGCUUCGAAAUGGGUUUGGUGGGCAGGGUAACAGAAGGUCUACAUCUCAUAAAUCCCCCGGAACUGACGGAGAAGGCGAGGAAUGCCGGUGAUGCCGCCAACAAGGAAGAAGACAGCGACAAUGAGACGCGCUAGUUCGUUUGUGCCAGUGAAUCUAAUUCUGGGCCUAAAUACAUAAUGUUAAUUUUAUAUUUCCCUAAAGCGCAAAAUAAAUAAACAAAAUCGGGUAAA